CCGCCUCCUCCUGCCUCCUCCCGCCUCGCCUCGCGCCCGGCCGGCAUUUCUCGCUCGCAGCUCGCUCGCGGGCUGGCUCCUCCGUCCCUGCCUCCCUCUCCCCCCGCUCCUUCUCCCCUCCUUCCCUCUCCCACCCUCCGUCUCUCCCUCCCGCUCCUUCCCCUCGUCUCAGCGCUCCCCUCCGUCUCUCCGAUCUAGAUCCAGUCUCCCCUUCUUCUUUCUCCCCCUCUCCUUCCUCUCCCCGUCUCCUUCCUCCGUUUCCCCUGCCUCCCUCUCCCUGGCUGUUUUCGCCCGGUCUCCCUCUCGGUUUCUCCCCUCCCCGCCGGGUUUCCUCCCCCGGUGCCCUCCCUCCUCCCUCGCUCCCCUCCCCCUCCGCCCCGGCCGCCCCGCGGCUCGCAGCUCCCCAGUCAGCCUCUCCGAGCUAGCGCCGCCGCCCGCACCCGCGGCAAGACCGGCUCGCCCGGCUCCCCGGGGUGCGCCCUCCGCGGUCCCGCGCCCUCCGGGCUCGCAGGGACACCCUCCGCCCUCCCGGCUCGCGGCCCCGCCCGGCCCGGCCCCCGCCCAGCGCUCCAGCGCGCCGAGGAUGUGAGUCCUGCUCGCUUCUGCCCGAGCAGCAGCCACUCGCGCGCCGAGCCGGAGCGCAGCGCAGCGGCGGGCGCUCCCCGGGUCGCUCGCGCGGGCGGCGCGCUCCUGCCCUAGCGGUGUCCCCCGGCCCCUCGCCGGCGCCACCGCCGCAGCAGCCCGCGGGCGGUCCCCGGCCGGCCGCCCCCGGCCCCAGCGCCGCUGACCCUGUCCGCCGCGGGCGGGGACGCGGGCGGAGGCGGUGCCGCCGCGGAGCCCCCGGACGCGACCAUGUCGGAGGUGCUGCCCUACGGCGACGAGAAGCUGAGCCCCUACGGCGACGGCGGCGACGUGGGCCAGAUCUUCUCCUGCCGCCUGCAGGACACCAACAACUUCUUCGGCGCCGGGCAGAACAAGCGGCCGCCCAAGCUGGGCCAGAUCGGCCGGAGCAAGCGGGUUGUUAUUGAAGAUGAUAGGAUUGAUGACGUGCUGAAAAAUAUGACCGACAAGGCACCUCCCGGUGUCUAACUCCCUCAAAGACAAUGAGUUAAGAACGGCGAUAACAGUUAUUGGCAAAAAGCAUGAAAUGAGAAA